GUUUAAUUAAUUUUAAAUAUUAACCAGAUGUGUUAAUAAAUCAAUCUUUUUCAUUAACUAAAAUUCUUUUAAAAAUCAUAAAUAAAUAUUCCAUCGUAAUUAAAUUUGAUUAUAAUGGCAUCGCCAGGGAGACAGCCAGCGGUGCCACUUCCAAUUCUAAAAUCUAUCUUUUCUAAAUACAAAUUUGAGAUUCAACAAAAUCUAAACCACUCGUCAGCAACAAUCUGGAAGAUAAUAAGCAAGGAGUUAUUAGCUAUGAUGAGCCCAAAACUACUCUAUAAUUAUGCCUCACAAAAUCGAAAUAAUUGUCUAGAUAUUUUGGAAAUACAGAAAGAAGAAAAAUUCCCCGAGAUUAUGUCGUCAGACUCAAGUGACGACGGCGAAGAUAAUGUCAAAGUAAAAAAGGAUAUAUUUGAAAUUUCUAUGACAGGGGAAGAAUGGAAUCAAAUAUAUCCGAAUGCGGAUAACCCAAAUCGGUUAAAAAUGGGUUGGACCCAUGUGCUUGAAAAAAUAAUUUCUAGUCAAUUGAAAAUACCCUGUUUAUGGGUAUUUUCUAAUAAUUAUGUAUCUCUAAAUUCAAUAUAUUUAAUAAAAAUUAAGGCUUUUUGUAAACAAUGUUCAGCUGUGUUAUUAAUUAAAAAAUUAAAUACUUUAAAUAAUAUAUAUAUAAAAUUUAUAUGUGAAAUAUAUAAUUAUAAAACAGAAUUGCAUAAUAAUAUUUAUAAAAGACCAUUAAGUGGGAUAAAAAGGGAAGAGGUUGCUAAUGAAUUACAAAAAGAUUUAGCCAUAAACUGGCGCUUGAAAAAAGCAAAUGAAACCAUGGAAUAUGGUGAAUUGGAACCUAGAACUUUAUAUUCCUUGGAUGUCCUACGUAAAUGCAAACAAUCCAUUUCUAAUAAAUAUAACAUUAAAUCGGAUAGCGUAAUCAAUCAGUUAUUAUAUCUAAAAUAUACUCAACCAUAUUUACCCAGUAUAAUCAAUAUAUCCUGUGACAAAUUUUUUAUGCACUACUGGUUACCAGAACAAAUGAUAACUUUUAAUAAAUAUUGCCAAGAUACUAACGUAUCCAUACUACAAAUAGAUGCCACAGGGACCUUAGUAAAAAAAAUUAAGUCGACCUUAUGAUCAAACAUCUGGGCAUAUUUUUCUAUACAUAGGAGUAAUCGAUUUAAAAGUAAAAUCUGGGCAAAUACCUGUAGUUCAGAUGUUAUCAGAAGCCCAUGAUAUUAACCACAUUUCACACUGGCUGAAUGUAUGGGUGCAUAGAGGUGCUAAAAUACCUAAAAUUGUUGUAACUGAUCAUUCAUUAGCUUUAUUGGGGGCUGUUGCCAGAUCGCUAGCAAAUUUUAUUGAUCUUAAGUCAUAUAUUGAAUAUUCAUUUAAUAUAAUAUUAGGUCAAAAAUUGCUGACCCCUAGGAUAUUUAUUAGAAUAGAUUAUGCUCAUUGUAUCAAACUAAUAAGUAGAUGGCCUAGUUUAUAUAAAAAACCUCGUUUAUUUAGAGAAUUUUAUAUACGUUCCGUUGCAAUGCUAAUAAAAUCCGCUUCCUUUAAAGAGGCGGAAAUAUUAAUAGAAUCCAUCCUCAUUGUAUGUAAUAGUGAAUUUUGUGGGAUCGAAACUUGUCCUGACAUUACGCUGAAUGCUAAAAAAUAUCUAAAAAAUAUAAUCUCUGGAAUAGAAGAUAUAGACAUUAAUAUAUUAGAUGAACUCGAGGAUGAAAUAUCCAUUGACUUAAAUGUAUCUAGUAAUAUAAAUUACUGGAUAGAAAGUAUUAAAAAUAAAGCCAUAUCUAAAUGUAUCAUAUCAUAAGAAGAAAAUUAUUUCUAUAACCCAGAAAUAACUAUAAAUUUAUGUAAUUUUUUAAAGACCUAUCCUUUAUGGUCUAGUAUUAUGCAACCACAUUAUAAUUAUGGACAAGUUACAUCUUCUACAUCAAAUGUUGAAAGUUAUUUUAAUAAUUUGAAAAAUAGAACAUUUAAAUCCGUAAUGUUACCUAUUACUAUUGAUAAAUUUUUCUGUAAACAUUUUGAUGAGAUAAGAGGAUUGCUUACUAUAGCUGAAGCGUCCCGAAUCUCUAAUAUAAUUAAGGAAAAGGAUACUGUACAAAUUAUUAUACCACAAGAAACAGACAAUUCACAAAUUUCUAAAUUUAGUAGUUUAAAUGAGGGAGAAGUCUCUGAUGAUGAAUAUCAAUUAAUUGAAAAUUGGAAAGGUUUAGUAGAUCAACCAUCCAUAAAAGAAACGUACUUCAUAUUAUGGAGCACAUUGCCCUGAAAUAUUACAUGUAAUUGAAGGGACCAAGAUUAAAUUAGGCAUGUUGAAAAAUGGGAAUCUUACCACAAUAAAGAGACCUUUAAAACUUGGAUAUAAUAGAUAUAUAAUCAGUAAUACAUGCCCUAUUGAUAGUUUAUCACAAGCAGUAGCAGUAGCCUACUGCGAUAGCAAAUUAUAUAAAGCUUUUUUUGACAAUUUAGAAAAUAGUAUAUUUAAAGAGUUUAUAGAAUAUUUUGUUUCGCAUGGGGCCAAUAAUAAUACUUAUAAGAUAAGGUGUGAUUUAUUAUUAAAAUUAUUCGAUAAAACUAAGAUUAGUAAUGGUUUCUAUAGAUUGUCUUGCGAAUCAACAAUAUAUUAUAUUAUAGAAAAAUGCUAUAAAGAUAUAUAUAGUGUAACCGAUAUUUUUAAAUGUAAUAAUAAAGAAUGUUUACGACCGGAAAAUUUCUUAGAAAUAAUAUGUUUACCAAUAAAUUUAAAUAUAAUAAAUAAUACAGGUUUUGAAAGUUUGGAUAUUGCAAUCCAAGAUGCUUUACCUCUUUUAACAUACUGUAAAUCCUGUAAAAUGCCGGACCCUUUAUCUUUAGUCCAUAAGUACCAAUUUCAUGAACAAGUUAUCUACAGGCUGUCAAAGUUCUAAAUUAAAUAAUUUCCCUAGAUUUAUAAAUUUAGGUGAUACAUUAUAUUUUUUAAGAGCUCUUAUAGUAUUUAUACCUCCUGCUGUUUCUUCAGGAAUUGGUCAUUAUAUAUGUUAUUCCAAGCGGUUAGAUGGAACAUGGGAAAUAUAUAAUGAUCUCUCAAAAUCUAUUAU